AUGGACAGAGAUUCACUUGUGGAACUAACGCCAAUACGUCCUUCGAUGCAACAUGAUUUGUCGCGGAGCCCCACUCAGGCAGCAGCAGCAGCAGAGGCGGUGAUGGCGGGUGCGCCACAAAUGUUCCAUGGGGAUGACGGGGAAGUACCGCCGUCCGAAGGGCACCCACCGCCCCUGUCAUCAUCAUCAGCAUUAUUGCGUCGCGAGGAUCUCUCUUACAUUUGGGGUACCAACAUUGCGGUGGAGACAUUCCGGGAGGAGUUUCAGCGGUUCCUUGAGACAUUUGAUAUGCACACUGACAGCACCGGUGGCUGGCCAGGAAUUGUGGGUGAACAUGUGGGCACAGGCGGUGGAAACCGGAAAUAUUUCCUGCAGGAGCUUCUGCGUCUUCGAUUGCAGAACCGCAGUGUUCUCGAGAUGGACAUGCAGCUGCUCGCCAAAUCUUGUCCACGUUUGUAUCACCAAGUCGUUGCACAUCCAAUGGAGUGUUUGCAGAUGAUGGCCAACGUUGCGGAGGACGUCUGUCAGCGCCUCGCUACCGCCUCUUCCUACGUGCCCAUGCCGGAUGACUUUAUUCUGCGUGUGGCGCCAAAAAAUCUUCCGGAAAUCAUCUCACUGCGUGGAUUGGGGCCGCAGCACCUCGAGCAGCUUAUUGCCCUUCAGGGGAUGGUAGUGCGGGUGUCUAAAAUUAUUCCCGAGAUACGAGUUGCAUUUUUUCAGUGCUGGUACUGUCAAAAUGUGCGUCGAAGUGUCGUGGAUCGCGGUCGCAUUUUUGAGCCCACCCGUUGUGAUCACUGCGGCAAAAACUACUCCUACAGGAUUCAACAUAACCUUUCUCUUUUCGACGACAAGCAAUUGGUGCGUCUGCAGGAGGCGCCGGAACAUUUGUCAGACGGAGAAACACCCGUCACCAUCUCUGUUGUUGUGUACGGCGACUCCGUGGACGCUGUUGUGCCUGGCGACCGUGUCGUCGUGACGGGCAUCUACCGCGCCGCUCCUGUCCGUCUGAACUCCACAACACGUUGCAUACGCAGUAUUUUCGCCACUCAUGUCGACGCCGUACACAUUGAACAUCGUCGUGCGGGCCGCCAUUUGUGGAAGAAACAACAACAGCCCUUGACACCGUCAUUGGAGGCGGAAGAAGGGUUGUCGGAGGAUCCGGCCGAAGCGGCACGACGCGAUGUGUUUCGUCGCAUUGCCAGUCGUCCAGAUAUUUAUGAUAUCCUCCUCAACAGCUUUGCGAGGACCAUUUGGGGGAACGAGGAUGUGAAGCGUGGAAUUCUCUCUCAGCUAUUUGGUGGAACACGCAAGGAACUGAAAUCUGGCACCUUCCGUGCGGAGAUCAAUGUGAUUUUGUGUGGGGAUCCAGGUGUGGCGAAGUCACAGCUCUUGUCUCAGGUUCACGAAAUUGCUCCACGUGGUGUGUACACAUCUGGGAAGGGCAGCAGUAGCGUUGGCCUGACUGCAUUUGUAGUGCAUAAUCAUGAGACGGGUGAGUUGGUGCUUGAGCCUGGUGCUCUCGUGCUCUCUGACCGCGGUUUAUGUUGCAUUGACGAGUUUGACAAAAUGAAUGAGGCCACACGAUCGGUGUUGCAUGAAGUGAUGGAACAGCAGACACUCUCCAUUGCAAAGGCAGGCAUAAUUGCACAACUUAACGCCCGCACUUCGGUGUUGGCUGCCGCAAACCCGAAAGAGUCCCAAUGGAAUGUGAAUUUGAACGUUGUGGAAAAUUUGCAGAUUGAACCGACGCUCUUGUCACGUUUUGAUUUGAUCUUUCUUUUGCUAGACCGGCACGACCCGACGGAAGACAGGCGUUUGGCCUCACAUGUCCUCUCCCUUUUCAUGGAGCCAGACGAGGGGUCCCGUCGGGCCACCACCUCUAGUAGUUCUCCCGAGUUGGGUAAUAACAAUGACACCGAUAAUGAGGAGGACAGGGGGGGAAAUGGGAAUAUGAGGUCGCAAGGUGUCCCAAUGGGACAAGCGGCGACGGUGUUGGAGCAUGAAGGCGAGGUGUUUCUAGAGGGAACGAAUGACGCACCCUAUAUGCCGCCACGUGUGCUAUCGCAGUACAUCGCCCUUGCACGCGAGACGGUCCACCCACGUCUCACAGAAGCCUCACAUAAGCAGUUGGCGACGUCGUAUGUGGAGAUGCGACGUGCCCGGGGCAGCAGCCGGACGGUCUCUGCAACACUGCGGCAGCUGGAAUCUAUGAUUCGACUGGCAGAAGCACGUUGUAAGAUGCGUUUUGGCGCGGAGGUGACUGUAGAAGAUGUCAAGGAGGCAAAAUGGCUCAUUAGUGCGGCACUGAAGGAGGCUGCGACAGAUCCCCAGACUGGCCUUAUCAAUUUAGAUAUGUUCAGCGCGCCAGACCCAACGCGGCAGACAGUUGAAGGGAGUAUGUUACGAUUAGAACAUAUUAUUGGUAGACGAUACCUUGCGGCAGGUCGUAAUUCCGCGACGGUAAAUGAGUUGCGACAGGCAUUUAACGAGUCACUUGUUGGUGGAAUGCGACCACUCGCAAUUGCACAAUUUAUGGAACUUCUGGCAUUGAUGGCAGGUGGCGAACAUGUGAAGUCCUUCAGUGCUAAUUCCGUGACAUUUGCUGAUGAGGGCCCCUAG